AUGUCAGACUCUGAAGACAAUGAUUUCAACCUUAACGACAAUGCACUUGAUACCAUCACCCUCGAUGCAACGCGCCAGGGCGAUCAGGACGAGACUUUACCUUUCAAUCUCGCUGAUGUUCCGUCCUCUGUUGAGGCUGAAGAUGCUUUGCCUCAAAGCGAGGUAUUUGAGAGCAUCUUCUUGCACCAGGAGGGACUUCAACCCUCUGGCCAUACCUGGGAACAGACCAAAGUCUAUUCUGUCAGGUUGUCUACCCUUGCUCGUACCUUCGAGAUGGGUGACAAGGCCAAUGCGAUAAAUUUAUUGCACCGCAGGAAUAACCUUCGCAUGGACAGCGACCUACACUAUCGCUCGGACAAUGAGAUGUUGGCUUGGGAUGGGUCCAAACAUUUUCUUGACUUCUUACUUGUCAUCGGUUCCAUAGGUUUGGACAUGUUCAUUCCAAAUAAGGUCGCUGGUCACACAUUUUCCAUCUCCCUCAACCUCUGUCUUCAAUGCCAUGAGUUCCGUCCAAAAUUCAGCAAACUUGGUUUCGAUCCUACAGGCUGCAUGAUGGCCCUUGGAACUGGCCCAUCAUCAGAACUUUGGCUGGCCUUUUGUCCUCGGGAAAACAUGGAGGACCUCACAGUUGCCGAUGAAGCUCCUCUCAUCAAUGACAGAAAGCAUGGCGACACCAGACUCAUCACUUUCACAUGGCUGUCAUGUUCCUAG